AGACCGGAAAAUGAAUUAGCUGGCUAAGUGAACUCCACCUCGGAUCAUGCUUACUCCAUUAAAGUGCAUGGGGCGUCACCAGGAGAACCCAGUGCGGCUCUAUUUCUCCUACGACCGCAUCGCGAACAAAUCCCGCUGCCAGAUCGAAGGGUGCACUGCCGAGAUCGCUGGCAACCAUGGUGGCAACCUGCAGCGGCAUGUCCAGCGCAUGCACCCAUUGGCAUUCGCCAGGCUGCCUGGGCCCCUGCGCCCCGAUAACCCCACCGUGCCAUUGUCCUCGUUGUCCCCCUCCUCCUCCUCAACUGCCAAGAGGCCUGGGGCAGCAGCGGAUGUCGAGGUGGCAGCACUGGACCCCACAGUCACAAAGAGGCCCCGGGGUGAGCUGGUCUGGAUGACGGUUGACUCCCUGAGGGAGGCCUGCGUGGAGCUGGUCACUUCCAAUGGGAGACCCUUCUCACUGAUGGAUGACUCGGGCUUCCGGAAGAUCUUAGACCCCGUGCUGGAGGCAUUGGGUGAGCAUGUGGUAAUCAGCAGUGGCGCUGUGCGUAACAUGGUGUUGGAGGCGGCGGAGAGGGAGCGGGAGAGGCUCCGGGGCACCCUGAGGGGCAGGCCGCUGAUGCUGAAGGUGGAUGCCGCCAUGCUCAGGGGCCGCUCUGUCCUGGGCGUCCAUGUGCAGUACACAGAGGGUGAGGGCGUGGCACUGCGGACGCUGGCCGUGCGAGAGCUGUGCAAGGAGCGCACUGACAGCUAUGUGGCGUCAGUGGUGCGCGAAGUCCUGAAGCUAUACGACAUCCAGCUGAGGCAGCUGUACGCUAUUACGACAGACAAUGGCAUCGCUGACCCAGCUGAGCAGGAUUCUGAGGCGCAGCAUGAGAGGGCUGGGCGCAAGGAGGGAGACGAGGCCAUUGCGGGCGGGCUGCCAGCAUCAGGGAGGGGCGAUGGCUUGCUUGCCCUGGACAUCUACGAGACACCGGGGAGUGUGGCGGUGGACAUGCAUGGUGCGGGUGGUGGGGGGCCUGUCCUGAGAGGUGUGCGGUGCUCAGCCCAUGUGUUCCAUGCAGCAGUUGGGGAUGUGCUCUGGGAUGGCGGCCCCGCAGGCCUUGUCGCCAAGAUGAGACGUAUCAGCGAGGAGCUGCUCUCGCCCAACGUCUCGGCCUUCCUCACCAGGCUCGGCCACCGUAGUGUGGCCCUCGACUGCCCGGCAUCCUGGAUGUCUACCCAUGACAUGCUGGAGCGCUUGUGUGAGCUGAGGGCCUUCUGCCAAGACAUGGCACCCUCUGCGCCUGUGCUGCACCUGACGGAGGCUGAGUGGGACAACGUUGGCCUUCUGGUACGCUCGCUGCACCCGGCCAGGGCCAUGGCGGACGCCCUCCUCGCUGAGCAGCUCACCGCUGGUGACUUCUUCGGUGCAUGGCUCAAGUGUAAGAUUGAGACGGACAAGGUGGGCGGCCCAUUUGCCGCACUGCUGGUGGAGUGCCUGAGCCGGCGGCAGCACGCGCUGUUUGAAAACGAGGCCUUCCUGGCCGCUGUGUUCCUGGACCCGCGCUAUAAGGUGCUUCUGAGUGAUGCCCAGACAGAGCGGGCCAAGAGCCACCUCUGCAGCGCCUGGGGGAUGAUCCAGGCCCUUGCACACGAUAUGCAGGGACAGGGCGAUGCUAAUGACGAGAUCGAGCAGAUGCUAAGGGCACGGGAGAGGGAGAACAGCAAUGGCAGCGUGAAGUGCAAAAUGCAGAUGAUGUCAGUGCUGAACGCGUAUGCCAGCGAGGCGAGGCUGAAAAGAGAGGAAAACAUUUUCAGGUACUGGUCCAGUGCCUCCCAGAGCAACAUGGACUUGUGCAAAUUAGCCGUCAGUGUGCUCCCUCUGCCUGUUACCCAAGUUAGCGUGGAGCGAGCAUUCUCAGCGCUCAGAUACAUGCUUUCUCUGAAGACAGGAAUCGAAGAUGACAUCUUAGAGGACAUUCUGUUUGUACGACUGAAUAAGCAGUUUGGUGUUUAGGUCCACAGUGUCUUUUGAACAGUGUGUUGAUAUAAUUGCACUUGUUUUCCUCAACCAUUGUCUAUACUUUAUCUGUGGACCAAUCAAGCAGAAAAACAGUGGACAUCCAUAACGCGUAACAGGGUUCAAACUGUUUUGCUGAUCAUUUUGGAACUUCGUCUGUCUGCUGUUACACCUGUCUGUUGUUAAUAUAACCAGCUACUUAAGUCAUAUA